AUGCGCUCUUUUCCGCGGGAGAUUUUUCGAAAGUAUCCUCAGGGAUCACUCAUGAGCUGGGCCGAGUACACUCUAGCUUCUUACGAUGAAUCCAAAGACGACAAUCCAGUCGUGGUCCUGGGUCACGGCUUCGGCUGCGACUCCACCUGCUGGCACAACCUGAAACCAUUGCUGUUGAGACGAGGUUACGGAGUCCUCACGUACGACCUGCCCUAUGCCCGAACGUCUCAGAGCGGCGCUUUCACGGAGUCUCCGAAUCGGAGGAAGACGUUUCGGACGAUCUUUGAAAAGUUCAUCGCCGCAGUGACGGCCUCGCCGAGGGUCGAGACUCCUCACGGAGCAAAAUCAUUCGACUUUCAACGUUACUCUAUCCUAGGAGCCUACUCGGACGACCUGAUAUGUAUCCUGGACGAGCUCCGGAUCUCGGGCUGCGUUUUCGUCGGACACUCGGUCUCGGGCAUGAUCGGUCUCUCCGCCAGCACCAAGAGGCCCGACCUGUUCCGGAGAGUGAUCAUGCUAGCCUCUUCGCCGCGAUACAUCAAUGACCCCUCUACGGACUACGUCGGAGGUUUCCAAGAAGAGCAAGUGCGAGACCUUUUAUUACCAUUUGCGGUGAAAAUGUCGCGCAAAUCUGCCCGGCAAAUGGUCGCCUCUGGAAUGAGUGAUGAUGCCAUCGGUCAAGCUUUGCAAAGGAGCAGGCGCACCUUGCAGAGGCACCUGAAAAAGGUCGGCUUCACGCUCAAGAAAGCCACCAAGGCCUACUGCGAGUUCAACGAGGAGAGGGGCCAUGCGUUCCUAACGGACAUCCAAGCUGACUUGGGCCCACAUCUGCUGUCUCUAGACGAGUGUGGCUUCUUCAUGAACCAUGUCCGUGGCUAUGCAUGGAGCCAGCGUGGCACGCGAGCCGUGGUCAAGAGGCUAGGUCCCAGGGGCAAGAAGUUUUCCCUCCUCCUCUGCAUCAGCUCCACAGGUGUGGUCAAGUGGAACCUUUACCAGGGCUCGGUGGACUCCGUCAGGUUCCUGGAAUUCCUGCAGGAGCUUCCCAUGGGUUCCAAGAUCGUCCUAGACAAUGCAGCCAUUCACAAGAGCACCAACUCCCUCAGCGCAGAGGGCUGCCAACGGUAG